AUGGCACCCCUACGUCUCCGUGUCGUUGGCCAAACUUUCCGCGACCCCCAGAACCGCGAAAUCACGCUGAGAGGAAUAAAUGCUGCCGCUGAUGCCAAGUAUCCUAAAACACCCGACAUUCCUACAUUCAUCUCCGACAAAUUCUUUGACGGGGAUGAUGUCUCAUUUGUCGGACGUCCAUUCCCACUGGAAGAUGCCCAUGUUCACUUCAAGCGGCUGCGGAAAUGGGGCUACAAUACUAUCAGAUAUAUCUUCACCUGGGAGGCCAUUGAGCAUGCCGGCCCGGGAAUUUACGAUCAAGAGUGGAUUGCUUUCACUAUUGAGGUGCUGCGCAUAGCCAAAAAAUAUGAGUUUUUUGUCUUUAUGGACCCUCACCAGGAUGUGUGGUCUCGUUUCUCGGGAGGUUCUGGAGCGCCGAUGUGGACGCUCUAUGCGGCAGGCCUAAACCCUAAGGCCUUCAAAGUCACACAAGCGGCGUUGGUUCAGAACACCUACGAUGUACCCGCGGAGUUUCCAAAGAUGAUUUGGAGCACAAAUUACACACGAUUGGUUUGCCAGACCAUAUUCACCUUGUUUUGGGCAGGCCGAGACUUUGCGCCAAAGGCCAUUAUUGACGGUGAGAAUAUUCAAGAUUAUCUACAAAACCAUUUCAUUGGUGCAUGCGCGUACUUGGCUCAAAUGAUUCAUGAAGCGGGUGAUCUUGAGGGGGAGGUGAUCAUUGGAUGGGAAAGCAUAAAUGAACCGCAUCGUGGUAUGAUUGGCGUGCAGGACAUUUCAAUCAUUCCAGCCGAGCAGCAACUUCAGCUAGGAACAUCACCAACAGCAUUCCAGGCAAUGCUCACUGGCUCAGGCCGUGCAUGUGAACAGGCAGUAUGGGCCUUUGGAAGCUUCGGUCCUUACAAGACAGGCACAGAACUUGUGGAUCCGGCAGGUGAGAUGGUCUGGCUCCCAGCUGACCACGAUGAUAGCAAAUAUGGCUGGCGACGUGACCCGGGGUGGAAACUCGGCGAAUGUAUCUGGGCUCAACAUGGAGUUUGGGACCCAUCCACCGACACACUCUUGCAAAAGGACUAUUUCUCAAAGAACCCUCAGACUGGUGAACACCUUGAUUAUGAGAAGUUUACGAACUCAUACUUCCUGGAUCAUUACCGAAACUACAAGAAUACACUUCGAGAUAUCUGGUCUGAUGCGAUCAUGUUUUGCCAACCGCCUGUCAUGGAAGUGCCACCUGAUGUCAAGGGCACCGAUGACGAUGAUCCUAACAUGGUUCACGCCGUCCAUUACUAUGAUGGACUGACUCUUCUAACAAAACAUUGGAACCGUCUUUACAAUGUGGAUGUCAUUGGUGUACUUCGGGGCAAGUAUUAUACCCCGGCCUUUGCAGUCAAGAUUGGCGAGACAGCCAUUCGAAAUUGUCUACGUGAUCAGCUGAAAUUCCUCCGCGACGAGAGUCUGAAUUACAUGGGUAGCCACCCAUUGGUAUUUACGGAGAUCGGAAUUCCUUAUGACAUGGACGACAAGUAUGCAUACAAGACUGGCGACUACAGUAGCCAGACCAGCGCCAUGGAUGCGAAUCAUUUUGCGCUGGAGGGAAGCGCCUCUAACGGCUUUGCCUUGUGGGUAUACGUCACACAGAAUGACCAUGAAUGGGGUGACCAAUGGAACGGAGAAGAUCUCUCUAUCUUUUCCCACGACGACUUGGAAUUGCCAGCAGGAACCGCUUCUCGGUCUCCCGAUCCUCAUUCCCCGGCCUACUCUGAAAGUCAUAGCAAUGGAGAAAACCAGCAAGUUGGGCCUCGGAAUUUGAAAGGCGCUCUGGCAACACCUUCAAUCACCAGCGACGUGUCUCAGCCUUCCUUGCGGGAAGCUAAAGGUUAUCGAGCGGCAGAGGCUUACCUCCGUCCUAGUCCAACUUACGUGAGUGGGAGAUUGAAGGAUCAUGUCUUUGAUCUCAAGAACUGCACGUUCACUAUGGCACUCACAGCCAAGGGGCCUACAACUGCUCAUGCCCCCACAGAGAUUUAUCUCCCCGAGUUCCAUUUCCCAAAGAGCAAUCUUGGGGUCACUGUGAGCGGUGGCAAGUGGGAUAUUGACGUGCAAGAUAUUCAAUCUGUCAAAUUACAGCGCCUUCGCUGGUGGCAUGCAGACGGGGAGCAAGAUAUCAAGGUUGAAGGUAUCAAGCGGAAGCCCGGAGAGUUCGCUAGCCCGGGUGAAGAUGUCACCUAUCUGGAGCAAUGCCAGAAGGGAGACUGCGCAUUGAUGUGA